AGGCAGAGCCGAGGCCACGCGGGAGUGACGUUCGUCCCUGGACCAUCAGCUGAGACGCUCAUGAAGUUGACAAGCCCCUGCAAUGCUCCAAAAACACUAAAUGGCAGUAAUAUGGACACAUUAAUUGAAUGUCAAUCAGAGGGUGAUAUCAAGGAACAUCUUCUGUUGGCAUCCUCCGAGAGUGAAGACAGUAUCUGCCAGCUAACUGAAGUUAAGAAGAGGAAGAAGGUGCUGUCCUGGCCCUUUCUCAUGAGACGGAUUUCUCCUUCAUCAGAUUUUUCUGGGGCUUCAGAGCCAGAAUUGAAAACGCCCCUAUUUGAUCAGCCCUUGUCCGUCAUCUGUGGUGACGAUGACGCCCUGCCCAGACCCAUUCAGGACAUUCUCGCUAUCCUGUGCCUCAAAGGCCCUUCCACUGAAGGGAUAUUCAGGAAAGCAGCCAAUGAGAAAGCCCGCAAAGAGCUCAAGGAGGGGCUCAGCGCGGGCAGCGCGGUGGAGCUGCAGGGCCUCCCGGUGCACCUGCUGGCAGCUGUCUUCAAGGACUUCCUCAGGGGCAUCCCGCGGAAGCUGCUGUCCUGGGACCUGUUCGAGGAGUGGAUGGAGGCCGUGGAGACGCCGGACGAGGAGCAGCGGAUCGAGGCCCUGAAACGGGUGGCCGAUAAGCUGCCCCGGCCCAACCUCCUGCUGCUCCGGCACCUGGUCUCGGUGCUGCACCUCAUCAGCAAGAACUCCGAGGUCAGCAAGAUGGACGCCAGCAACCUGGCCAUCUGCGUCGGACCCAACAUGCUGACCCGGGAGAACGACCAAAACCUGUCCUUCGAAGCCCAGAGAGACUUGAACAAUAAGGUUAAGACAUUGGUGGAAUUCCUCAUCGAUAACUGCUUUGAAAUAUUUGGGGAGGUCGUUCCGGCGCAUUCCAGUGUCGCCUCCGAGGAGUCCCUGGAACCCACGGACAGCAGUUCAGACACGUCGACCCUACAGAAUGACUCAGCCUACGACAGCAAUGACCCUGACGUGGACCCCAGCAGUGCCGUCAGCUCUCCGGGCAGGCUGCCCCCGGUGCCCUCGGAGCCCAGAGGCCCGCAGCGUCCUUGGCACCUAAGCCGGGAGCCCGUGGUUAGCACCGUGGCCAGACUGAAGAGCUGCCUCAGUGAGCCGGACAGGAGGUACUCAGAGCCCAGCAUGGCGUCCUUGCAAGAGCACCUCCAGAGCCCAAAAACUAACCCGAAACUCACACGGAGCGAGGAUGACUUCAGCAGGGCCCGGCCAGCCUCUUGUUCAGAGAGCGAGGACGCCGAGGACCCAUUUCCAGAGGAGGUGUUUCCCGCAGUUGAAGGCAAAAACCAGAGGCCACAGGAGCUGACCGUGAAGACCCCAACUGGGUUGCCGGGGGGACUGGCACCCAAAGCCUCCUCCAGUGGCUCUCUGGACGCAUCCCUGGACAGCUCACCUGUGGCUUCCCCUUCCAGUCUCAAAAGAAAUUUCUUCACCCGACAUCAGUCUUUUACAAAGACUGAUAAAAGUAAACCCAACAGAGAAAUAAAGAAGCACUCCAUGUCAUUCUCCUUUGCCUCUCACAAGAAAGGGCUGAGCCGGACCCGCAGCUCCGUGUCCAUCAAGUCCAGAGGCUGCGCCAGGGACCCAGCAGGGAAAGACUUCAAAAAAGACAGCGAGCUUGCUGGACGAAUCAUCCAGGAGGGCUUGUCCGAGGCCCACGGCCAGACAGCUCUAGACUUUAGCUCCAGAACCUUCGCCCUGUCUGUGGAGGACGUGUUUCACCUGGUGGACAGGAGGAAGCCAGGCAGCCCGCCGUCCUACGAGGAGGCCGUGCGGGGCCAGGCCCUGGGCCUCGCUGUCUGCGGAAGCCAGACAGUUAGCAGCAUGAGGGCCAGGCUGCUCAGCCUGGACACUGGGCUGCCACCUCAUCUACUUUUUCCCUAUGGAGGGGACUCGGGAAAUCCGUGUGGUCAAGGGCCGCUGGACGGGCAAAGACUCCCCUCCAGGACUGAGAGUUGGAAACAGAGCAGAGCCGUCCAUGCUUCUGUGGAAACGGUAGGGCAAGUGGUCGGCAUUGGGAGAUCCGAGUUGCACCGUCUCAGAACUGCGUCCGAGUCCAGGCAGCAGGGUAAGCGCGAGUGCCUGGCGCAGCGAUGCAGUCAGCCGGCCUUCGAGGCGGACCAGCUGCGAUAUGCCAGGGAAUCCUACAUCUAG